AUGUUCAGCAAAAUCGUAGCCUUUGGAGCUCUUCUGGCAGCUGCCAAUGCAGGAUACUACCCCGAUCACGGACAUGCAGUUUCAUCUCAGAGCAUCGUUCGUCACGACGAAGGCUUAACUUUAGGUCACAUCGCGGCACCUGCUCAUUAUGCCAUACCUUUGGUGCAGGCUGCGCCUCUGGCCCACUAUGCUGCCCCUACAGCUUACGCCACCCCACUUGCCUAUGCGGGAAAUUAUAAUGGACACGAUGAGCAUGCCUACCCUAAAUACGACUUCGCCUACUCAGUAGCCGACCCCCACACCGGCGACUACAAGUCCCAGCACGAGAGCCGCGACGGUGACGCCGUACAUGGCUACUACUCCCUGGUGCAGCCCGACGGCUCCGUGCGCAAAGUUGAAUACUCCGCUGAUGACCAUACUGGUUUUAACGCAGUGGUCCACAACUCUGCUCCUUCCAUUCACCCAGAACAUGCCUAUGCUGGUCACUAU